AUGUCUCGGACUUGGCUAAGAACUUGCAUACACGAGCACAAGAAUUGUGGACCUGCACAAGUUGAAUUCCGCCCGACUCGAUUGUUGCAGCUCAAUGGUGCAGGAAGAUCCGUCAGACUGUGCGAAGGUGCGGAAAUCCCCGAGAGUGUUCAAUACGUCACUCUGAGUCAUUGCUGGGGGGGUGAUGUGCCCGGAAAAUUGACAAAGCAGAAUAUCAACAGUCUGCGGUCAGGAAUUUCGCUUGAAUCGUUGGGCCAAACCUUCCAAGAUGCAGUCCAAAUUGCUCUUGAGCUUUGCGUGGAGUUCCUCUGGAUCGACAGUUUCUGCAUUAUACAGGACUCAUACGGGGACUGGCAAUCUGAAUCUGUCAAAAUGGCUCAUGUGUACGGCAACUCUACCUGUAACAUAGCUGCAACUUCAGCGGCGAACGACUCCGAAGGCUGCUUUAGAAUGCAUAACCCAGGCGCCUUACAGGCGAUCAGGGUUGGUGUACCCAACAAACGGAAUGAUCAAGUUCAUCGAAUGUGCGUGACCAAUGUUCAGCAUUGGAUGGAACGCUUCCGGAAAGAACCACUGAUGCAGAGAGCAUGGGUGUUACAAGAAAGGCUUCUCUCACCACGCAACCUUCAUUAUGACCGAGAUCAGCUUAUCUGGGAAUGCAAUGAGCUCCUAGCUACUGAAACAUUUCCUCGUGGCUUUGGCAGUUUGCUUUCAGCCCGGAAAAGGCCUCUGCGAGUGCCUCUCAAUUCCACGUUACGAAAUGCGCAGGAAGAAGAGAUAUCCGGACAAGCACUCCACGAGAUAUGGCGCCCUAUCGUCAACACUUAUGCCUCCACCGACAUAACGAAGCCCACCGACCGACUGGUUGCUCUACAUGGAGUUGGGAUGCGCAUCGAGCAUAUUUGUGGCUGGUCUUAUGUGGCUGGCAUGUUUCUCAAGAAUCUGCAGAGUCAACUAUGUUGGGCGGCGAACGGACAUCACGACGCUCAGCGUCCAGAGAAAGUCAUUGUACCAUCGUGGUCGUGGCUUUCCGUG